CAAGGACCCAAUGCCCAACCCCAAGCCAGCCAAGCCCUUGGCCCCUUCCUUGGCCCUUGGCCCAUCCCCAGGAGCCUCACCCAGCUGGAGGUCUGCACCCAAGGCCUCAGACCUGGUAGGGGCCAGGGGCCAGGGGGGAACCUUCCUGGGCCGGGACCUCCGAAGUGGAGCCCAUGCCUCCUCCUCCUUGAUCCCCAUGCCACCAUCGCAGAUGCAGCUGCCCACAGUGCCCCUAGUCAUGGUGGCACCCUCUGGGGCACGGCUGGGCCCCUCACCCCACUUGCAGGCUCUCCUCCAGGACAGGCCACACUUCAUGCACCAGCUAUCAACAGUGGAUGCCCACGCCCGGACCCCCGUGCUGCAGGUGCGCCCACUGGACAGCCCAGCCAUGCUCAGACUCCCGCCACCCACCGCCACCACCGGGGUCUUCUCCCUCAAGGCCCGGCCCGGUCUGCCACCUGGGAUCAACGUGGCCAGCCUAGAGUGGGUAUCCAGGGAGCCAGCAUUGCUCUGCACCUUCCCAAGCCCUGGUGCACCCAGGAAGGACAGCACCCUUUCAGCAGUGCCCCAAGGCUCCUACCCACUGCUGGCUAAUGGCGUCUGCAAGUGGCCUGGAUGUGAGAAGGUCUUCGAGGAGCCAGAGGAUUUUCUCAAGCACUGCCAGGCAGACCAUCUCCUGGAUGAGAAGGGCAGGGCACAGUGUCUCCUCCAAAGAGAGGUGGUACAGUCUCUGGAGCAGCAGCUGGUGCUGGAGAAGGAGAAGCUGGGUGCUAUGCAGGCCCACCUGGCUGGGAAGAUGGCUGUGACCAAGGCCCCAUCUGUGGCAUCAUCUGACAAAGGCUCCUGCUGCAUCGUAGCAGCUGGCACCCAGGGCAGUGUCGUCCCAGCCUGGCCUGGCCCCCGGGAGGCCCCUGACAGCCUGUUUGCUGUGCGGAGGCACCUCUGGGGCAGCCAUGGAAACAGCACAUUCCCAGAGUUCUUCCACAACAUGGACUACUUCAAGUUCCACAACAUGCGGCCCCCUUUCACCUAUGCCACCCUCAUCCGCUGGGCCAUCCUGGAGGCUCCGGAGAAGCAGCGGACACUCAAUGAGAUCUACCACUGGUUCACACGCAUGUUCGCCUUCUUCAGAAACCAUCCUGCCACCUGGAAGAAUGCCAUCCGCCACAACCUGAGCCUGCACAAGUGCUUUGUGCGGGUGGAGAGCGAGAAGGGAGCUGUGUGGACCGUGGAUGAGUUCGAAUUUCGCAAGAAAAGAAGCCAAAGGCCCAGCAGGUGCUCCAACCCUACACCCGGCCCCUGACCUCAAACCCAAGGAAAGAAGGACGGACGGAUAGGGGCCAAAAUGGGGGAGCAGAGGUGGCGGGGGAAGGGAUGACAGGCCUUGGAUGUGCCCACAGGAACCAAGAAGUGAGGUGCCCACUCACUGUCUUGCCCACCAGGGCCCCUGCUCCCCAGCUGGCUGCCCUCCUGGAUCACAUCUUCUGCCUCAAGGCUAUUCAGAGGGCCCCAGCCCCCACCCCAGCCCCCCAAGACAGGCUCUCCAGCCAAAUGGAGCCUUCACAGCCACCCCCACACACAGCCUGCCUCAGCCACCCUCACAGACAACCCCAGGGCUGGAAAAGCCACACACUCAACAAUCCUGUUCCUUGAACUCAACACAAACCCCAAAGCACAAAGAGCCUGCUUCGGUCCAUUCAAAUGACCUCCAAGCUGCAUAGUCACAGUCACACACAGUCACAUACAAGCACGGUCCUGUCAGCUCACAUACCCUAAAGCAUGCACCUACAGCCAGCCUCGGGGCCCACAGGUGCAGGGUCAUACGAGGUGUGCCCACACCCCUCACACAGAAGCAGCAUCAGUAUCCUUGGGAUUUCGGGUCCCAGAAAGCCACACAGACACAUAACCGGUCACGCAUGGUUGCAUGCAGCUCCUGACACAUACACUCGGUCACAAACACAGCCUGUUAGAACUCACCUGCAUAUCGCAUGUGUGUAUACACACACACAGCUCCCUGUGGGUCUCCCAAGUCCUGUGCAGACACACACUGACUUGCCAAAACACACCGUGUGUCUCACCUGCCACUCACCACACUCUCCCCUGCCCUGAACCCUGAUCCAUGGCUUCACCGAGACUGCAGAAGAGCCCCUCAUUUAUUUGGGAUCCAAGGCCCCCAACCCCUAGU